AUGGACACCAGCUCAAACUCAGAAGGUACUUCCACACUCAGAAGUAAAGUAUCAUAUUCACUGGAAAACCAAACCCAGCUGACUGAUAUUGCAAGCACACAAUUGAGAUCACAGGGCUAUAAAGUGGGAUCAGCAAAAUCGUUGCAACUUUAUAGAAACCAAAUUACCUGCGGCGAUCAAUCAGCGACUGAAGAAUCAGAGGAGGAUAAAGACCAGGUUUCUGGAGAUGACUUCAGACUUGUAUCAGAAUCUAGCGACUACGGAAAGGACCAGAAAGACUUAGUUAUGUGGGCUAAUAAACUGGAGCUAGAAAGUGCCGACCUCAGGGAAACCUCCAAAAAAUUGAUUAAGGACCUACGUUCAAUGACAGAAGACAUCAAGCGAAGCAUCAAACAAUUUCAGGCUCUCGCUACACAGUCCAAAAACGUCAUGAAAGAAAUGGAUACUCGUUUGAAGCUCUUUGGAUACAGGGAAGAGUCCGUUGAUGAGAGUACCAACGACGAUAUCAAAUCUGACACUAGAAUAAUACUUGACAAUCAAGUCCAGCUUUUCAGGAUGAUGGAAAGACAGGAAAAGUUCAACCAAAAGCUCACGGAGAUGCUGAAUAAAAACCUCUGGAGUGAUAGUCGACCCCUUGACGACAGGUGUCAAUCGCAAGUCCCAAAGAGUGCAAACAGAUGCUCUUCUAAAUCCAUCGGCACAGAUCAGGAUGGUCCCACUAGCAAGAAGCAAACCUCUAGUGCGCCCUAUUCCCGAACACGUUCUGCUAAAAGCUCUAUACAUUUUGGCUAG